UGCAUGGCGGCGGCGUGCAUGGCGGCCAUUGCUAUCUUGAGCUCUCAAGUUCUGGGCAAACUUGCACACAAGGUCAAUCACAAUUAAUGCGGCCAAUGCCCAAAGAUGGAACCGCUCGUUUUUGAAGUGGCAGGUCCUGCGUAGAUCGGCCAGAACAGAUUACAAGACGUGGGUGCAAGCAGCUUUUUAGGCUGCAGGGGCCGGGCCGGCGAUUAUCACCAGCAACGCCUUUUUUCAACUAGUCAGGCGUGUGAUGAGCCUUAAAGCUCUUGCAUCAGAGGACAAGAUUCUAUCGCAUUUUACAAUGCUGCGGUCACCCCGCAAAAUGCAGUUUGUUCUGUACUUCUUUGUCGUCUCAGCGAUGCUCCAAAUCUGGGCUAUGCAUAGUGCUCACACUCUAGAGGUAGACGCGCAUAGCGGGGCUGCCGCUGAUCAGUGCUUGCAAGGAGGCCAAGGAGCUGCCACAUGUGACGCAGCCCUUGACAGUCAUCUGAGCAAAGCUGCGCCAAAGCAUGAUACUCAGACUCCUCCUACCAUGACAUUGCUGAUCAAUGGAAAGGUCUUCACCCCCGAGCCCCUGGGUGUCAAGAUGUGCUUCUGGCGGGGGGCAUGAUUGCAGCGAUCCUAGACCCGCAAGACAUGCCCGCCGCUAACUUCUCUGGCCUGCCAAUCGAGGUGAUUGACGCUGCGGGACAUGUGGUAGUGCCUGGAUUUGUGGACAUCCACGAGCACAUCACAGGCGGGGGCGGAGAAGCAGGACCCGCAAGCAGGACGCCGGAGGCCCAGCUCUCUGAGAUCAUCGCGGCGGGCGUGACCACAGUGGUGGGUACUCUGGGCACCGACUGCGUCAGCCGCAGCCUGGAGAACCUGCGCGCCAAGGUGGCUGCCCUGGAGGCGGAUGGCCUGCACGCGCACAUGUGGGUCGGCUGCUACCGCGUGCCGUCGCCCACCCUCACCGGCUCCCUCGUGCGGGACAUGACCCUUGUGGUGGGCGCGGGCGAGGUGGCGGUGAGCGACCACCGCAGCAGCUGGCCGUCCACAGCGGAGCUGCUGAGCCUGGCGGCAGACGCCCGCGUGGGCGGCAUGCUGAUUGGCAAGCGCGGCGUGCUGCACCUGCAUGUCGGCGAUGCGCCGUCGUUGCUGGGCCCGCUGUGGGCGGUGGUGAACGCGACCGGCGGUGCGCUCCCGAUGACGCACCUGCUGCCCACCCACGUUUCGUUGCGCGGGCCCGCUUUGCUGGCCGAUGCAGCGCGCUGGGUACGCCAGGGGGGCCACGUCGACUUCACGGCUGACCAGGCGGGCGAGAAUGCGUCUGUAGCGGCGUUGUUGGAGUGGCGGCGCGUCGGGGUGCCGCUCUCGGGUGUCUCCCUUUCGUCCGACGCCUUUGGCUCGCUCCCCGAAUACGACAGCGCGGGUCGGCUGGUGCGCUACGGCGCCUUCUCGCCGGCAUCGCUGCUGGCCACGGUGCGCGCCCUGGUGCUCGCGCACGGGUGGGCCUUCCCCACCGCGCUGCAGCUCGUGACCCGCAACCCCGCCCACUUCCUCGGCCUGCUCGCCGCAGGCCGGGUGGAGGCGGGGCUGCCGGGGGACGUGCUGGUCCUGCGGGAAGCGGACCUGGCGCUGCGCUGGAGCUUCGCGCGGGGCAAGAAGGUGCUGGCCCCCGGCUGGGUCAAGAAGGGCAUGUUCGAGAAGUAGAGGCUGAAGCAGGAGCCGGAGAGAACUACGUUAUCUGGAGCGCCGCGGCCAAGUCAUCGACCUUUUUCGAGAUGCAUCAAGCUGCGGUUAUGUCAAAAGCUUAUGGGGCCCAGGACGGGCCCGCUGCUGCACAUGCAUUUGCCAUCUUGUGCAUAGCUAGGCUGAUGUCGGUGACUCUCUAUUUGUUGCAAUCUUCAUCACCCCUUGUAAGGCUAGCCCAACGUACCGAAGUUGGUGAAUGCUACUGGAUGCAGAUCAUAGAGAUAUCAUACGCAAUAAUGACCAGGCUUUCGUACACGUAUGUACUAGCAUUAAAAACUAUUCAUAAAUGCCAUGGCACAUAAAGGCC